ACGGGGCAGCUCAGGGCUCCCUUCUUCCUGAGGCUUUCCUUGCCCUCUGGGCUCCAGCUGGCCCUCUCACAGUGCCUGUCCCACCUCUCAUCACCCCUCAGAGGUGACAGGUUAGAGGGCGUGGCCGGAGACCGUUCCUCCCUUAGUGCCCGGGGCCCAGCCGGCAGAGUCUGCGUUGGAUGGGAGGCCCUGGGAAGCGGGGAGGCUGGGCCUGAGCCCAGGGGCUGGGAGGUGGAGGCUGAGUCCUGCCCGAGUGUCCCUUUAAUAGCUUCUGGCUUGGCCCUGCUUGGCGCCUGCUUCAGCUCCCCGUUCAGCUGUGGCUGCAGCUGCCGUGCUGACUCACGCAGCCUGGCCGCCAGCAGGAGCUGGGAACAUGGGCUCCCCAGGCGCCGGGGUGGGCUGGGGGCUUCUGGAUUACAAAACGGAGAAGUAUGUGAUGACCCGGAACUGGCGGGUGGGCGCCCUGCAGAGGCUGCUGCAGCUGGGGGUCGUGGUCUAUGUGGUGGGGUGGGCCCUCCUCGCCAAAAAAGGCUACCAGGAGCAGGACCCGGACCCCCAGGUCUCUGUCAUCACCAAGCUCAAGGGGGUCUCCGUGACCCAGAUUGAGGAGCUGGGGAACCGGUUGUGGGACGUGGCUGACUUCGUGAAGCCACCACAGGGAGAGAACGUGUUCUUCUUGGUGACCAACUUCCUUGUGACACCAGAACAAGUCCAGGGCAGGUGCCCAGAGCACCCGUCCAUCCCGCUGGCUAACUGCUGGGCCGACCAGGACUGUCCCGAGGGGGAGACAGGGACGCACAGCCACGGCAUAAAGACGGGCCAGUGCGUAGUGUUCAAUGGGACCCACAGGACCUGCGAGAUCCGGGGCUGGUGUCCAGUGGAGAGCGGCGCUGCGCCCGUGAAGCCCCUGCUGCUCCAGGCUGAGAACUUCACCCUGUUCAUCAAAAACACCGUCACCUUCAGCAAGUUUAACUUCUCCAAGUCCAAUGCCCUGGACACCCAGGACCCCACCUACUUCAAGCUCUGCCGCUACGAUCCCCGCUCCAGCCCCGCCUGCCCCGUGUUCCGCAUCGGGGACCUCGUGGCUGCAGCCGGAGGGGUCUUUGAGGAUCUGGCACUGCUGGGCGGGGCCGUGGGCGUCCACGUCCGCUGGGACUGUGACCUGGACAGCGGGGGCGCUGACUGCCGGCCCCAGUACUCCUUCCAGCUGCAGGAGCGGAGCUACAACUUCAGGACAGCCACUCAUUGGCGGGAGAGCUCGGGUGUGGAGGCCCGCAGCCUGCUCAAGCUCUACGGGAUCCGUUUCGACAUCCUGGUCACAGGGCGGGCAGGGAAGUUCGGGCUCAUCCCCACGCUUAUCUCUCUGGGCACAGGAGCAGCCUGGCUGGGCGUGAUCACCUUCCUGUGUGACCUGCUGCUUCUGUACGUGGAUGGAGAAGCGCACUUCUACUGGAGGACCAAGUAUGAGGAGGCAAAGGCUCCAAAGAGGACCGCCCGCCCCGAGCAGACGGAGCUGGCACCCGCACCCCCACGCCCGGCUGUCCAGGGGCCUUAGAGGGGGUCCAGCGCCUGUCCUGACGGCCACGGCUGCUUCCGGGAGCUGGACACCGAGGCUGUGGCCCCACUGGAUGGCCCGUUCCUGAGGCCUGCUCCUGCUGGUGGGGGCUGGGGCUGGGAAGGCGGGGCCUCGCCUUGGGACCCUCGUGGGUGGAGUCCGCAGGACUAGGACAGGGUGGAAGGACACCUCCUCCCGGGGCGGGGAGCGGCCCAGAGCCGCCUACGCAGAGACCUGCGGCAGGGUGCCGUCCUGGGGCUCCAGCUGCGUCUGUGCGGAAAACCCUCUCCCAGCUCUUCACCAGGAUGCCCAGCGCGGCCCCCACACUAGUGGUCCACACAGCCCCCCCUCUGGCUUACAGACCCCAGCCCUCCCCUUGGUCAGCACCCCCAUUUUGAGCCCCCAUCUCAGAGCCCCAGGGUCUGAGGCAGAGUGUCUCUGCUGCUGGGAUCCGCUGCUGGGAUCCUCUCCUGGAAUUCAGACUGGGCCGGGCAGACGGCCCAGCCCUUCCCCGUGGCAGCCCUCAGGCUCUGGGGGGCUGGGACUGACAGAAGACCAAGGACAAGCUGCUCCGGUGAUGGGCUAAGCCCCCUGGAGACACCCAGCCCACCCCCUGGAACUGUGCGGGUGGGGAGGAGUGGUGGGAGAGGAAUUCUCCACUGCCCAGGGUCACCCCCGGGGCCAGCCUGCAGCAGCAGCUCUCUGGAGGCCCUGUCCUCCGGGAGCGGAGCCCCAAAGCUAGAAGGAAUGUCCCAGACAAGCCCCAGAGGCCACGGCAGUCUGGCCAGGGUCUGGUGUACAGUCCUCAUGGGGUCUGGGUCUGGGUCCCGCCUGCUGGACUCCUGGCAGAGGUUCGGGGGUGCCCGCGUGGGAGGCCUGGGGCUCUUUCUCACGGGGCCCGGCGACCAGGCGUGCUGCCCGCGGCCGGGGCAGUGAUGCGGGCCGGCUGUGGAGGGCCAGCUCUGGGCUCAGGCUGGGCGCGAGCUGCCUCUUGAUCCCCAGAGCAGUGUCCCAGGGGGCGGGGGGUGGGGGACGCCCUCAGGGCCAGGGCAAGGGGUGUGAGUCCGUGCAUGGGCCCAGACAAUGCUGAUGGACGGCUGCAAGGUCGGGGAGUAAAGCCUGCUGAAGCCACAGCUUCCCGCGUGCUCCUUACAGGCAGGGUCGGGGCAGGUGGUGUCUGCGGGGGCACAGCAUCGCCCAGGAGACCGGCGGGCCAUGCGGGCUGGGCCUGGGCCCUUCCCAAGGACCAGAGGUGGGGGGAGAGCCGGAGGGCACUUGGGGCGGAUUCUGGCACUCGGGCACCCAGCCUGGGGAGGCACCAGGGUCUGAGCCUGGAGGCCUGGGGCCUCAGUCUGCACAUGCCGCGCCCAUGGGUACGUGUCCGGAGGUGCGUGUGCUCAUGCGGGCAUGCCUCUGCCUCCCUGGGGCGACCUCAGGCACACGCCACGCUCUCGGGGAGCCAGGGAGACAAGGACACCCCGGAACUCCUCUGCCCUUCUAGGCGGCCUCCCCGGGGCCCGGGCACCUGUGUCGGGCCCGUCCCCCAGGGGAGGGAAGCCUGACUCUGCCCCUCUGUGCUGGCGUGGCGGGGUGCUGUGGCAUCCUCAGAGGGGCAGAGGGCACUGGCCUGAGUGUGCUCAGCCCAGGGCUGUCCGGAGCCGGCAC